GGCGGUGCGGGGGGCGGCCCGGGGGGCGGCCCGCUCCUGCGCACGGCCCGGGACGGCCGGGGCACGGCGGCGGCGGCGGGGAGCGGGCACCGGGCACCGCCGCGGUCCCGGAAUGAGCUGUGCCCCCGCCAGCACCCCAACCUCUGCCUGACCCUGUGGCUGUGCCACCAUGCUCAUCAAGGAGUACCGCAUCUGCAUGCCGCUCACCACUGAGGAGUACCGCGUGGGGCAGCUCUACACCAUCAGCAAGCACAGCCACCAGGAGAGUGAGAAGGGCGAGGGCGUCGAGGUGGUGAAGAACGAGCCCCACGAAGACCCUGUCCAUGGCCACGGCCAGUUCACCGAGAAGCGCGUCCACCUCUCCAGCAAACUGCCGAGCUGGGCACGGGCAGUAACCCCCCGCAUCUUCUACAUCACGGAGAAGGCCUGGAACUACUACCCCUACACCAUCACUGAAUACACAUGCUCCUUCCUGCCCAAGUUCUCCAUCUACAUCGAGACCAAGUACGAGGACAACUGCGGGGACAGCGAGAAUAUCUUCCACAGUGACAAAAUCCUGGGCGACCACGAGGUCUCCUUCCUGGACAUCGCCUUCGACGAGAUCCCCGAGCGGUACUACCGCAGCCCAGAGGACCCCCGUUUCUUCAGCUCGGCCAAGACGGGCCGGGGGCCGCUGCGGGAGGGCUGGCGCCAGCACACCAAACCCAUCAUGUGCUCCUACAAGCUUGUGAGUGUCAAGUUCGAGGUCUGGGGGCUGCAGACGCGCGUGGAGCAGUUUGUGCACAAGGUGAUCCGGGACAUCCUGCUGAUCGGGCACCGGCAGGCGUUCGCAUGGGUGGACGAGUGGUGCGACAUGUCCCUGGAAGAAGUCCGGGCCUUCGAGACUCAGAUGCAAGUAGCCACAAACCAAAAGCUGGGGAGCCAGCACCCCUAAAGCCCUGCCAUAUGCUGCCUGCAGGGCACAGGGACCCCGGACCCCACCACACUGCCUGCGGGCGGGUGCAGGCAGGGGGGCUUGUGCAUGGUGCACACUGAGCCCCCCCUGCACCCUGCGGCAAAGGGUCCCCCUCUGCCCUGCCCGCGCAUCCCCUUGCCUGCGCUGCCUGCCCGUCCCUUCCCCUUUGCUGGCUGGGCUGGUGCCGGAGAGGGGCGCAGCGUCCCCUUCCCUGUCCGUCCCCCUGUCCCCUUCCCAGCACCCAGCUUGGUGCGCAGCCGGCGCACGGGGCGCAGGCCGCCCCGCGGUGCCGGAGCGCAGGUUUGGCCUUGCCGAGCGGCCCCAAGCCCGGCUGUGCUCGCAGGGAUGACGAUGGAGGAGGUGCGGCGCUACGAGCGGGAGACGCAGGAGGCCACCAACGAGCUCGUCGGGCUGGUGGCGCCCACCAUCGCGGUCAGCGAGGUGGGGCAGCCCACGGCCACGCACUCGGCCCCCGCCAGCGCCCCCUCCACCCCGCUCAGCGACGACACCCCCGACUUCCUCGCUCCCCCCAAGACUCGCCCGCGCAAGAAGUCGGCGCCGGAGACCCUGACGCUGCCCGCGCUGCGGGAACGCGCCGGCGCCGAGUGAUGCCGGCGGUGCGGCGCCGGGCGGGACUGUGCCGGCCACGCUGCCCACCGCGGCCCCGCGGAGGAACCCGCCGCUGGGGCGCAGGGAGCCCCGGGCGGGGUCCGGCCUCCCGGAGCCAUCGCGGGUGCCCGUGCAGGUCAUUGCCACCAUCCAGCCCCGCUGACUGCACCGGGAGCGGUCCCCAGCACCAUCAGGCGAUGCCGCAGGAGCCGGUUCGCUCAGUGCCACCCGCCCCGGUUACCGCAGAGGCUGCCGAGGCCGCUGAGUGGCACCGCGGUGGCAGCCGGUGCCCAUGUACCCGGUGAGUGAUGCUGGAGCACCACGCUGCAGGGUAGGCACCGGCGCAGGGGCACAGCGCGUGUGACAGUGACAGGGACCACCGGGCACUGCUGGGGGCUCCCCGCAGGACCCCUGUGCACAGCAGGUCCUGCAGUGGGGCUCCCUUUGCCAUCCCUCCAGAGGCUGUGGCUGCCCGAGGAGGGCUGGGGCAGGCUCAGCCCUCCGUUUUCUUUGGGAAAACACAAGCCUUUUUGGAAAUAAAGCUCAAGACACGGCA